AUGCUAAGAUCACUAUUUGUGCAAGUUUUGGCAGGAGAUAGUAUUAAUUUGUGGGAAGAUUUGUUAUCUUUUGUGACUUCAAACGUCGAUUUUGUACGAUCAGUGAAAGAUGAGGCUGAGUUCAGAUAUUUUGCCAAUCGAUCUAUGAAGAAUCUUCAAAUUUCACUUGAUAACCAGUCAGAAGAUAUAUCGUCAAGCUCAACAUUACGUUUAAAGUCUAUUUUUGUUGAACUUUCCGAAAUAUUUUCUUAUGUGUUGACUACAUGCUCCAUUGACUCGAACAUGGUCUACGGUAGUGAAUCUGUCACUAUUCCACUUUUACCUUCAUGGCACUGUGGUGUCAGUAAUGUCCAAGGCAGUUUAUCAUUAAAGGAUGGAAAAUCAAUUUCUGUCGAUAGUGGUGAAGCAAAGAGUAUUCAAAAUUCAUUAUUUAGUUUGUUAGAACGGGAAGAUCAUUCGUUGGAGAAUAUUUUACAAAAAAUUUCAUUUGACAACUCAAAAUACAGAUCAUUUAAUGAAUACAUAAAGAAUUUGUCAAGUAAUAAAUCCGGAACAUCUUCAAAGGAAAUUGAGAAUAUGCGCCCAAAUAAUGGUUUUGAUGCGAUUGCCUACUUUUCAGUUUGCAGAAAAAUAGGAGUUUACGAAUUUAUGUACUUCAUCAGAAAAAACCUUGAGAGCAGAAAUAUAUCACCAUAUGAUUUAGAACCUAUUUUAAGACCAAGGAAUGAUGAACCACAUUAUAUAUUCAGUACAUUCGGUAUACUGGCCGCGACUGAAACUGAACAGGAGCAUUUAAGCCUCACAGAAUGGUUUUCAGAAGCAAUUUUGUGCGAAGCUUUAAAGCAAAAUCCCACAUUUUGCUACCUUCCAGCUUGGAAACCCUUUUUCACUCCAUUGAAUAUGGUACAAUUUUGUGCUCACAUUAACCGAAAUGUACGUUACAAUACUAUUUUAAUAUCACAUGUAACAAACUGUAUAUGUAUUGCGUUAAAAUUUGCAAGAUCUGCUCUCGCUAAACUAAUACGUUAUAAAGAAGAUGAAUUAAAUUGGAACUCUAAAGAAAUCAAUCAAACUAUAUCAAUGACUGAAACAUGGAAAAAAGGUUUAACAAUAAAAAAUAAUUUAGAACAAUUACGUAAUCAAUUGAAUAAUUUUCCAAAUUUAUUACAUUGUAUACGUUAUCGACUGGCAAGUUCUCUUUUAUAUAAAUUUCAAUCAAGUAUACAAAACUAUAUUUAUGAUGAAUUAAAUUUAAGUAGUAUAAAACAGAAAGAUAAACAAAGUGAGGAUAUCAAAGAAGAUCUAAUUGAGAAGAAUUUUCGUUUAGUUAUUUAUCCUGUUUUAUUAAAACAAUCUGAGGAACCAAGUCAAUUAUUUCUUUGGCCAUCAUCUGUUACUAUGGUAACUAUUUUCAAUUUAACAUUUGAACAAUUAAAAGAAUCAUUACAUUUAAAUAAAACAAUAUUAGAAAAUCAACUUAUUCAAAUAUAUUUAAAUGAAGAGAAAGAAAUUGAAAAUAUUAAUGAAAUAAUUAAUAAUCAAGCUUAUACUAAUUUUAUUAUUCAAAUAUUUGAUAAACAUUCUAAUUUAAUAAUUAAUAAAAACGAUAUAAAACAUACAACAAUUAUUCCAUGGAAUAGAAUUAAUCCAAAUGGAUUAGAAGUAACCAAUGUGUAUAUACGUGAUAUGAUUGUUAAUUAUUAUCUACCAAGCUAUACAGAUUUUGUAAAAGGCCUUAUACCUGAACAUCAGUUUCACCAAAAUCAAUCAAUAUUAUCUGGUAAUGAUCUAGAUCAAUCCCAUCUUAAUAUUAGCGGUCAUAAUUACUUCCCUACCAUUGAAAAUGUAUCUCAAAUGGGAUUAUAUUCUCUUAUUGAGCAACAAUGUGAAGCGAUGAAACUUUAUGACUAUUUAAUGACUUCAUGGAGUGACAGGAUUCAUGAAAAGACGAAUAAUAUAAUUCAAUCUUUACAAUGGAUUAUCAAUAUGAAUGAAACAAUAAAUGAAUUGAGUAUACUAUUAAAGAAUGAAGAUUUACAUACAGAAUUUCAUAAACAUCAACGCUUAUUUCAAGCAUCAUUUCAAUGGGUCAAUAAUUUAGUAAAUCAUAUUAAAUAUGAAAGUCUUUUAAAUGAUAAUGAAAAUAAUGGUUUACAAUGCUUCAUUUUAAUUGACUACAAUCCAUUAUUUAAUUUAUUAUAUAAUGAAAUUACAGAGAAAUUAAGUAAAUUAUUUUCAAUAUUUAUAACAAUAGUUCAAAAUUCAUUAAUAUCAAUCAGUAAUCAAUUGGAUGAUUUCAUCCAAAUACAUACAAAUAUUCAAUCUGAUUUUAAUGGAUUCAUACAAGUUGUUACCUAUUUAAAUCGUGUACAUAUUUGUCAUGAGAAAUUAUUCCAAGACCAUGAUAAUCUAUGUCGUCAAGUUGAGUUUAUACAACAUUUUCAAAAAUGUUUAAACCAUUGUGAAGAAUUGAAAUUUAUUCAACUUGUUAAAUGGUCACAAUAUGAACAGUUUAUAAUUAAAUGGAAAAAGUUUACAAAUCAAAUUGAAUGGGCUAGAAAAAAAUUUCAAAGAUAUCAAGAAGAAUUCUAUCAAGUCUAUAAUAAAAAAGUUGAGGAAACUAUAAAAGAAGUUGAACGUUUAGUUCAUUUACUUACAACUGGUAAAUAUUCUGAUGUUAAUAAUGAUGCACAAAUGAUACUAAACGACAUGAAGGAACCAUAUUGUUGUGUCAUAAAAUUAGAAAGUUCUAUUCAUCAACUGAUAAAUCAACAUAAAAUGGUUCAAAAUUGUGAAUAUAAUGAGAAACAAUAUGAAAAAGCUAAAAUUGAUAAAAUGAAUCUAUCCUAUUCAUCAAAUAGAUCAUUAAUUAAUACAACGUUCACAAUGGAUAAUACACUUCAGAUCACAGAUAAUUGUCAAGUUAACUUUAAACCUAUAAAACAAUCAUGUAAAUAUUUUAAUGAAACAAAUCAUAUUUUAUUAUAUAUUGAUAAUGAAAUGAAAAAAGUCAAUUGUAGAUAUGAUGCAUGGCAACUAAAUUUGAAAAUUGAUACAUUUAAACAAGAGUUAUAUAAAUCAAAAUUAGGAGAAAUUUCUUUAAAUAUGUUCAGUGAGAAAUAUCAAAAACUUGUUUCAUUACGUAAUCAUUUAAGAAGUGAUGAUGUAAUUGUUCAGUAUAAUACGAAAUGGUUGAAUGAAAUGGAAAAACUAUUAAAACUCUUAAGUUAUAUUUUGGAUACAGAAUUAAUGUCUUUCUCAUCAGAAUACUGGAAUCAUUGUUCAAGGCUAUUGAAUAUAUCAAUUAAUAUAAAUUGGAAUAAUUGUACAAUUAUUGAUUUAAUAAAUAAUCCUAAGAAUAAUUUAUUAAAACAAGAAUAUAAAUUAAAAGAAAUUAGAAAUAUAUUUCAAUAUUUAUUAUUGAUUGAUCAAAUAAAAACAAAAAUUGAAAAUCAAUUUCUAUCAUUAAAUAUUCAAUUUAUUUCAAUGAAAUCACAUUCAGAAUUAAUUCAAUCAAUUCAUUUAUCAUUUCGUAAUGAAUAUAUUGAUCAAAUAAAUCAGGAUCUUCCUGGAAGAUAUUCAUCCAGAAGUAAUCGUUGUACAACAGAAAUUCCCUAUCCAUGGAUAUUCUUAAAUAUUGACAAUUUAAUUGAAAAGUUAUGUGAAUUAUCAAAUAAACUUCAAAGUUUACUAGAUUCUGAACUUUUGAAUAGAAUAAAACAAAAUGAAGCAACAAAUGAAUAUCUAAUUGAUAAUGAUUAUUACUUAAUAAAGAAAUUAAAUCAAAUAAAGAAUACAUUAUGUAAUAUAAAGUUAAUACAAGAUUAUAAUAGUCCGAAUUCAUAUCUAAUAACUGUUUUAUUAAAGUAUCAUUUGAUUAUAUUCAAAGGUUUUAAUCUAUACAUGUUUAUAUUACAGUGGUUAUAUUUAUAUCGAUUAUAUUCAUUAAAACAAAAUAAUGAAGAAUGUAGCUCAAAUCAAUUCAUUAUAUUAACUGAUAAGUAUGUACAUUUGGAAAAUGAUAUACUACUAAAUAAUGAUCGAGUAAUAUCAGUUCAAUCUAUCGACUAUGAAGAUAAUGAACUAAUUCAAAUUAAUUGUAUAAAUUUACAAUCUUUUAUUGAGAUGGUUAAUAGUAAAUGGGAUUUAUGGUUAAUAUUGAAGAAUGAUCUUUAUGAAAAUGUUAGUAUGUUUGAGAAAUCGAUCGAUGAAAUGGUUGAGACAUUUCCAUUAUUUUGUUUAUUAUCCAAAAUGGAAAGAAUUGAACUCUUAAGUAAUUGGUCCAUUCCAUAUUGUGAUUAUACAGCUCCAUUGAAAUGUUCUGUUGUGGACUCUAUUGAUCAAAAACAAAAUUCCUAUCAGUCUUAUUUAAGUACUAAUUGUGGAUUAGUCAAUCUGAAUAAAUGGAUAAAACGCUUAUUUCCAUAUCUGUUAGAUUGUGUAAUGAUAUGGUGUAAAGCAGAGAAAUGUUGGAAGAUUAUUGGAGUCAUUAAUGAAUUCCAUCAACAUAUUGAACUAUUAAAUCCACUUAAAUGGAUUCCAUCAAUUAGUCAUUGGUUUACACAAUUUUAUUCAACAUUACAAUUAACAUUAUUAAGAAUGACAUUGAAUUCCUUGUUAAAUGUUGAAGGAAACAAUAAAUGGUUCAAUGAGUCCAUUAGAAAGAAACAAUUAAUACCUGUAAUUAUUUUAGAAUUAACCAUACGAAUUAUGAAUUGGCAAAAAUUAGAGAAAAUUAUAAUAAAAGAAGAUCGGAGAGAUGAAUUCAUUAAAAUAAUAGAAUACUUCGAAGAACAAUUAAACAAUAUUAUUGAACUAUUGAAAACUAUUUCUAUUAGUUAUGAUAAUCAAUUCAGUUCAAGAAUCGAUCAGUUAACAUGCCAAAUGUUGAUUGGAACAAUUUUGGGAUUUAUUUAUUUAAUACAAGACUUGAGAAAAGAGUCAAAUUUAGACGAGAAUAAUUUUAUCUGGCUACGGUUAAUUAAAACACAACUUAUCAGUCCAAUAUUGAAUCCUGAGAGGAAUGAGUACUUUUCAAAUGAAUUAAAUGAGUAUAAUGAUAUUCCAACAAUUGGGAUCAAACAAUUUUCAACAAUUCAUCCUUAUAAAUGGGAUAAUCAAAGUUUACUAAUUAAUAAUAACACAUUAUAUAUACCGUUAUUAAAUACUUCACAAGAAUUAAUUCAACUUGGAUCAGCGUUGAAUAAUCAUGAGUUUGGACUAUUAAUUGGAUCAUUUGGAACUGGUAAACAGACAAUAAUUCGUCAACUUGCUUUUCUACUUGGUCGUCGUCUUAUAGAAUUUUCAUCUAACAUCUUCAAUGAUACAUUUGAGAAUAAAUUGAAAAAUGAUAUUCUUAGUUGCAUAAGAAUUGGCUGUUUAUUUUCAAUAAUGAAUAUGCACUAUAUUUCUGAACCGCAACAAUGUUUAUUUAAUCAAAGUGUUAGAAUCGAUUGCAGUUUUGGAUUAUUCGGUACAUAUGACUCCCGAAGUUUUCAAAAUUUUUCCAAAGUACAAAAAAUUUCAUUUCGUAAUAUAACUAUAGGAUGGCCAAAUUAUUCAUUUAUUGUACAAUGUCUUUUCAAAUACUAUUUACCUGAACAUCAAGGUCUAUCAAUAAACAAUCAACUAGUCAAUUUAUUGAAUAGAUCUUUAACAUAUUUUACAAAUGAAUCAGUUCUUAAUUAUAAACAAACAAAUAAUUACUACUUGUCAUUUUCAAUUCUCAUUAAAACAUUUGAAUAUGCUAAACAAUUAUGGUUAGAAAAAUUUAAUCAUCUUCAAGAUAUACGUAAACAUACUGCACUCAAAUCAUCAGUCAUAUUAAGAAAGGAAGAAGAUAGAUUGGCUGAAAUCGCUAUACUAUAUGGAUUGUCUAAAGCUUAUAGAAUAAAUCUGUCUAUUGAUAGUAUUAAAGAUAAUUCCAAGAACGUUUUAUUUCAAUCCAACUUAGAUUUUAAUUGGUUAUCAACAAUUGAGCAAUAUUUAUCUUUAAAUUCUGCAUUACCUAUCAUGUCUAGUAAUGAAGAGUGUUUAAAGUGUGAUAAUAAUAUGUAUCCAAAAGUUUCAUGGGAAUUUAUUGAUCGAUUGUUAAGAGAAAUGUAUGUACGUAAUUUGGAAAUAAUCAAUGGUCAGUUAAUAAAAAUAAUUGAAUUAUGGCAACUAAUAAAUGUAAAUCGUCCAAUUUUAAUUAUUGGCUCAGUUGGAUCAGGUAAAAGUACCAUUUUAAAAAUACUUAUUUCUACAAUCAAUUGGUAUCAUUGUACAAAAAGUAAACAAUCGAAUAAGUAUUUAUCGCCAUUAUCUGAGUCAACAUUAUUAUCAACAUACAAAUCAUCAUCAUCACCAUCAUCGGCAUCAUCUGAAUUGUCAUCGUCAACACCAACGUCAUCAUCAUCAUCAUUAUUAUUAAAAAAAUUAAAUUCAUCUUCAGUUUCAAAUGAAGAAAACAAUAACAAUCAGGAAGUAAAUGUUGAUGUUGAUAUAAAGAUCUUCAAUAUACCAGAUCAAUUAAAUUCAUAUCUUAAUAAGUUUAAUCUUAUUUCAUCACAUUCUAAUAUAAAACAAUUUGAUGUAUAUAAUAAAAUAAUUUCAUUAAAACACUUAUUUCCAUAUUCAGAUGAACAUUUAACAAGUUUCUUUUUAAAUAAUGAUAAUAAUGUUGUUAACUUAGAAGUGGAUAUAUCAAAUAUAUUUGAAGAAUGGGUAUUGUUAGAUUUAAGUGACCAGUCUAUUGAACAUUUGACAUUUUUAAAUAAUGGUAACAUUUUGAAUUUAUUGAAGGCGGUUAAAACUUUUAAAUUCACAAGAAAAUUAUUCAUAGAAAAGACAACAAUAGAUGAUUUAUCUCCAGGUUUAAUUCAUCAAUUUUCAAUAUUGUCAACUGAAGUUAAUAAUGAAUUGAAUUGGUCACCUAUAUGGAGAAUUUGGCGUAAAACAAGUUAUUUAUCAUAUAUGGUUAUAAAUUCUAUAUGGGAUAAAAUUCUUAAUGAACUAGAUAAUCAUAUCCCAACUAUAUUAGAUCAAAUUUGGGAGUUAAUGAAUCAAUGGUAUCACAAUGACAAAGAUAAUUCUUUUGGCUUUUUAAAUAUUAAAUCUUAUAAGAAUGCAUUUUGUCAACAAAGUAUUAAAAAUUCUUUAGCUUUGAUGUCUGAACUAUUGAACAAAUACUUUCCAAGAGAAUUAUGGGAAUUACGUAAAGAUGGCAUAAAACCAUCCUCUGUUUAUCAAUCAAAUCUUACAUUAAUUGAUUAUUAUUGGUCUGAAUGGCGAAACAUUGAAGAUCAACCGGUAUUUUAUGAAAUCUUGAUAAGAAAUUUAUUCUUAUUCUCAUUUAUUUGGGGUAUUGGUGGUGGAUUGGCCGGUGAUCCAAGAUUAAAAUCACGAUUUGAAACAAUAAUGUUAAGUAUAUUAAAGGAUUUUAUUAGAUUACCUAAUUCAUUGAAUAUUCAUUCCAUAGACAAUUCAUUACCCACAUUAUCUAUUGAAUCCUAUUAUACAAAUCAAAUGAAUUAUUGUACAAGUAUUAAAUGGAAUAAUCAUGAUCAUGAUGAAGAAAAAGAAGAUGAAUAUGAAAAUAUAAAAGAAUUUCAAUAUAGUUUAUUUAAUUGUCUUAUUGAUUUAAGAACUGGUUAUUUAACACCAUUUUGGUAUACAGAUUAUUUACAAUUAUAUUGGCCAGAAGAAUAUGAUAUAAUACUUCCUAAAGGAAAUCAUUAUCAUACUAAACCAUUAUUACCAACAUUAUUUCAUCUUACAGUUCAUUUAUUUACUGGUUCAUUAUUCAUACAAUCUGGUCGACCAGUAAUAAUUUCUGGUCCAUUUGGCUCAGGUAAAUCACAACUUGCAAUUGCUAUAAGUCAAAAUUCAGAACGAUCUAAACAAUCAAUUAGUUCAUAUAAUAAUAAUACGAAGAAAAGUCGUACAAGUUCAUUUCGAAUACAAUCAAAUGAUUUUCUACAUAGAAUCAUUUCUAAUUCACAAAAAACUAACAAUCAAUAUCAAAAACAAAUAUCUAAUAAAAAAAUCAGUUUGAUACGUAAUGUUAUCAUUUUAGAAGAUGUACAUUUGAUUUCCAAAACAGUGACAACACAACGAAUAUGGAAUCAGGAAUUACGUAAUCAAUUAACUACUUGUAAUCCUAAUUACUCUAAAUCAAAAUAUAAUUUUAUUCCAAUCUUAACAUCUUUGGAUCAUAAUCAUCAACUACAUUUCUCAACAAAAUUAAAUAGUUUAAUGUAUCAAUUCGCGUAUAUCAGUUUAACAGACCCUUGUUUAUUAUUUGUAAAAGAAAUGAAUAUCGAUGGAUUUCUCUAUGAACAAAAUAUUUAUGGUUUUAGUCCAAUAAGUUUACUUUGUCAAUCAAUGAUGUGUCAUGGAUUGUCAAGAAUAAGUGGAAUGUUAGUUGAGAGAUUCAGUUGGAUAAUAUGGUACAUGCAUUGUGCUUUAAUGAAAGAACGUUGUACUUAUGAUAAUGCAAAAGUAGAUUGGUUAAUCAUGCAUAAGAUUGCACAUUCUAUGGGAUACCAUUUAAAAAACUAUUAUCCAUGCAAACCAACUGAUGAAAUCCGAUUGGAUAGUUCAAUUGUGUCAGAUAAUAUAAAUAGACAUAUUUAUUCAAGAUGGACACCUUUAUUGUUAAGUGAAUCGGUUCAUCUCAAUUCAAAAAAUCAACUCAGUAACACUUUGCAAUCAGUGUCGUUUUUAUGUCAAGAAAUCAAACGAUAUUUUAGUCCAUUAUUACCUAAAGAUUUGUGUUCAGAAUGGUUAUUUAAUAAUUUAUCAAAAUCCAUUGAUUAUUAUUUAAUGAGACCAUCUUCAUUAGGUCUUUUAGUUCCAAUUUCAUACCUUCUAUUUGGACCAGCUGGAAGUCUUUUCCUUGAUUCGAAAAUCACCAGACAAUCUAUUUUACAUUUAAGAAAACAUUCUUUGACAAAACUGACAGAUACAUCCUCAUCUGUUAUAUCUCAACGUGUUUGUAAUGAGAGUGGAUUUUCGAUCAAUUCAACUUCUUCUCCUUCUGUAUCUUGUUCAACACUAACAACAUCUUUCAGUUAUUCUUCAUGUUAUUCUAACUCGAUCACAUCUUCGUCUAUACCAACCACAUCUAUAACCAAUAAUUCUCUUUCGACACAAUCAUUCAACACUUUUUCAACAUCUGCUCAAUAUAAUUCGAACAAUUAUACUUCAUCAAAUUAUUCCACUACUUCAGUAUUUACUUCUUCAUCUGAUUCCUUAGUAUAUGGAUCUUCUUUAACUUCUAUGCCUAUUCUAUCUUCUUCCGUGCUCUCUUUACCGAACUCACGUAUUGAUACAGUCAUGACUACGACUAAGACUACUACUACUACUACUACUACUACUACUACUACUACUACUACUACUACUACUACGUCUUUAGUGAAUUCAUUGUUUACUCCACCUACCAUCUCAACAUCAACAUUUCCAACCAAUUUAUUAACAAAUGAACUUUCCAAUAUGUCACUCCAGGAGGUUGAACAAGAAAAAAAAGAAGAAGAGAAACAAAUUAUUUCAACUGAAUCAAUAUCUAAUAAUGAUAAUAAUAUAAAUUAUGAAUUUAGUACACAAAUCGAACAGUUAUGUUCUAAGUUGAAUGAUGAAACAGAAACUAGUUUAUCAAAUUAUAAAAGACCGAUCUAUUCACCAUUCUAUGAAAAAUAUGAUGGAAAGUGUAAUACAAGUCAUCGAAGUUGGGCAAAGUAUGGCUUAUUAAACCCUCAUCUUAUACCAUGUAUCAGUAUACCAGGAUGUUUAGAUCAGACCAAUGAUUUAGAAGCUAUAUAUGUUAAUUUAAAAAAUGAUUUAUCUAUGUGUGAUAUAGAAAUAAACGGUUAUGAUUCACUAUUACAAUAUAUGAUUAGAAAUGCAAUAGAUUUAAUUUAUAGUACAUUAACUCAUAAUCCUUCUUAUGUACUACUGAAUAACUCUACUAAUUAUAAAACAUAUGGAGUAAAUUUUCUUAUCCAAAAACAAAUUAUCAAAUGUAUUAUUCAAUUAAAAAAUUAUAAUAAAAUUUAUUAUACAAAAUCUUUAAUAGAAUUUUUAAUAAAAUUUAAUCAAAAUGAUAAUGAAAAAUUCUGGGAUAAUUAUAAACAAUAUGAAAUGAUUAUUAUUGAUUUGUCUAAUCAAAAUGUAAACCAAUCCUUCUAUGAUGAUAAUAAUAUUGAUGGGAUCAAUGAUGGUGAUGUUGAUAAUGAUGUAAAUGUGCUACUUUUAUUGAUACAAAGAUUACAGGAACUACGUUUUGAUUUACCAUGGAAUGAAAUGAGUUAUGAUAAAGUGAAAGGAAUUUUUGUUAUUGCUUCAACGGAUGAUAUGAUAUUUAAUCAACUAAUACAAUAUAUAUCAUGGGAUUGUGUUAUCAAUUUUAAUGAAAUAACAAAUUAUUUACAACAUAGAAAUAUAGAAUUUAAAAGUAUUACUAAUCAUAUAGAUCUUGAUCCAAAAUGUAUAUUGAAAAGUUUCUUAUCCGAUCAUCAUUUAUUAUUAAACAGUAAUAAUAAUAAUAAUAAUAAUAAUAAUCAAUUAAUUUUAUAUGAACUAUUCAUUGAAGCUUAUUUAUUAGCAUACAAUUAUUUUAAUGAAACUAUCAAUUGUAUUCAUAGACAAACAUUAUACAAUUAUCAAUAUUCAUUUAAUUAUAUAAUACAAACAAUAAAUAUAUGGUAUUAUCUUCAAUCAUAUCAAAAUGAACAAAAUAAAAAUCAAUUAUUAUGUCAUCAAUUAAAUGAAACCAAUUUAUUAUAUGAUUCCAUAAACAAUAGUUAUUAUUCAUUAGAGAAUCAAAUAAUGAAAGCUAAUUCUAUAUUAGAAUUAAUGAGAAAAAAUUUAUAUAAUUAUCAAGUAGUAUAUUUACCUGAAGCUAAAUUAAAUUAUACAAAUAUAAAUGAAUAUUUACAAUAUUUAGAAAAUGAAAUUAUACAUAAAGAGAAUGAAUUAAUAAAUAUGAAGAAACCAAUGGAACAUGUGAAAAAAUUAGCUGAAAAUGAAUUUAAUAAAUUAAAGAAUGCUUAUCGUUUAGCUGUUCAAGGGUUACAUAAUUUGUCCAUUGAAGAUUUAGAUGAAAUACGAUCAUAUCGUGAACCACCAGAUGAUGUGAAAAAUUGUGUCUAUUUAAUUUGUAUGCUUAUGGAUGAAGAGGAAAAUUGGGAAAAUGCAAAACAUAUGAUGGUUCCAGUUAAAUUUAUUAGUAAAAUUUUAAAACUUUCCAUUCAAUCAUUGAAUAAACAUAAACAUAAUGAAUUAAGAAAACGUUUAAAUAAUUCAAAAAUAACAUAUGAAAAUUUAUUACAGGUAAGUGUUGCAGCUGCCCGAUUAUGUCAGUGGUUAAGAGCAUUAUGCGAAUGCUGUGAUGCUGGAGAACGUUUACAGGAUCACAUCAAUGAUUAUUCUUCAGUUCAAGCACAAGUUAGUCAAAAUGAAUCAAUAUUAGGCAAUUUACAUUUAUCAUUACAACUAACAAAAAUAAACAUAGAAAUGGCUAAUAAUCAUUUAGUUGAAUGUGAACAUCAAAUUAAACGUCUUUCAGAGAAUAUCGAUAUAUUAGAUUAUAAAAUUCAUGAAGCUAAAGCAUUGGCAUCAACUUUACAGAGUAAUUUAUCUGAACUAUACAAUGAUACUAGCAAUCAUGAUGCAACUAAAAAUUUGCCAUUUUGGUUCAAUAUACUCGGAGCAUUGGGGACGGUGUAUUGUCAAACAUUACCAAUUAAGCAUAGAUCUUCAUUGUGGAAUAAUUUCAAAACUCUUGUUUGGAAUAAAAUGAAGGAAGUCUAUCACCAAACUACGAAUGAUCAAAAGGAAAAUUUAGUAAUAUGUGAAAAAUUUCUUCAAAAUUUACCAUUAUUUAAAAUUAUUCAAGCAAAACCAUAUGAAUUAAUGAAAUGGUUUACAUUGAAUAAAAACUUUCCACCAGAAUUAAUACUUUCAUAUAAUGAUCAACAUAUUAGUUAUACACUUGAAGCUAUUCUAUCUAUACUUACAAUUCUAUGGUCGGUUAGAUAUGCUCAUACUAAACAGUGUGAUAAUAAUAAUAAUAAUGUGGAUGAAUCAAUGUUAUAUUUGUUUAUUUAUGAUCCAGAUCUAACUGGUAUCAAUGUAAUAAAAUUAUUAUUACUAACAAAUAAUGAUACUGAUGAAGGUGAUAACAUUUCUUCAAGGUUCAAGAAUGGAGGAGUAUUAAACAAUUCUAGUAAUAUUUUGACAUCAGCUCACUGAAGACAAUGGUGACGUUGGGGCAACUUCGUGGAUUGGUUGAAGUUAGACAUUAACACCGU